UGGCUACGGCUAUGCCGCGGGGCCUCCUGGGGGUUGUAGUUCUCCUGUCAGAAGCCUGCUGUGACUUUGACGCUUCAUCGUUCCUUCCAGAGCUGGAGUCCACGGCGUGGCAGGUGCUCCAUGGACAGCCGGGAAGACCCGGGAGCCGCCGUCGCCGCCUCCUCUUCCGAGGUCACAGCUGAGGUCGCCGCCGAGAAGGGCUCCGCCUCGUCGGAUUCUGAUUCUGAUGACGAAGCUGGAGCUUAUGGUCCAACUGAAAUGGAUUUUCUGCGAAACCUGUUGUCCCGGACACUGGGCUUAGGUAGCGAGAAGCCCGAGAAGGUGUUGGAUGAGCUGACAUUGGAGGGUGUGAGCAAGUUCAUGCUGACUGAGAAAUGCAAGAAGAUAGUGUGUAUGGUGGGAGCAGGAAUCUCAACUGCUGCAGGGAUCCCUGAUUUCCGUUCGCCGGACACAGGACUCUACGCUAACCUGCAGCAGUACAACUUGCCGUAUCCUGAAGCCAUCUUUGAGAUCAGCUACUUCAAGCAACACCCAGAGCCAUUCUUUGCCUUGGCCCGGGAGUUGUACCCAGGGCAGUUUAAGCCCACAGUAUGCCACUAUUUCAUACGCCUCCUGAAGGAGAAAGGGCUGCUGUUGCGUUGCUACACACAGAACAUUGACACCUUGGAGCGGGUGGCUGGUCUGGGUCAGGAUGACCUCGUGGAAGCUCAUGGCACCUUCUUUACCUCCCACUGCAUCAGCUCCACCUGCAGGAAGGCAUACAGCCUGGACUGGAUGAAAGAGAAGAUCUUUUCAUCUCUCAUUCCCAAAUGUGAAAAAUGUCAGAGUGUUGUGAAGCCAGAUAUCGUAUUCUUUGGGGAGAACCUGCCCUCUCGUUUCUUCUCUCUAAUGCAGUCAGAUUUUCGCAAUGUGGACUUGCUUAUCAUCAUGGGCACCUCCCUGCAGGUCCAACCCUUUGCCUCUCUUGUAAGCAGGGUACCCACAAACACACCGCGGCUGCUGAUCAAUAAGGAGAAGACUGGAGAGAGUGAUCCUUUUAUGUCUUUGAUGGGCUACGGCUGCGGAAUGGACUUUGAUUCAGAAAAGGCAUACAGGGAUGUUGCCUGGCUGGGAGACUGUGAUGAGGGCUGCCUGGCUUUAGCAGAACGGCUGGGAUGGAAGAAAGAGCUGGAGGAACUGGUGAAAAAGGAGCAGGCUGCCAUAGACGCCAAGUCAGGGCAGGCUGUUGGGGAUGGAGCGAGUGCCUCCCAUCCUCUAACAAAGGAACAGAAGGAGAAUCCAUCCCCAAAGAAGGGAAACCCUCCUGCUAGUAAAGAAGAAUGAAGAGGUUUGACAAGACAGGGGGGUGCUUGCUGUGGAUGAAUUAAAAAUCAAAAUGGCCCCAGGCUGAGUGAUAGUUGUGACUUGUAGACUUGUCUGACUUGACUUCCUUAAGGGACAUGGCAACGUGGGAUCAACCAAAGGAUUUUUCUCGGGAGAUUAUCAAGUGGGGAAUCCAAGGUGGGUUGUGGAAUGGAAGAAAAGCUACCACUGCACAAAGUCUUUCUGCUGACUUUAGGGGUGUUCAAUUGAAGCCCUGAAUUGCUGAAAUCAUGAGCGAGAAGUUGGAUUCUUGAAUUAGCAAUAUGAAUAAUUGUCUGGGGUUUAUUUUAGCUUGAGUUAUGUACAUUUCUGCUUCUUUCUCUUGUUUGUUAACUACCAACUAAUCUGGGCUGUAAUUGGGUUGAUGGGGGUGUGGUGAGAGAGACAAACAAAACCAGCCUCAAUUUUAACUCUGCCCUCUUGCUCUUUUUCCUGGGAAACAGUUUCUUUCCUUGGCAGCAGCAUGGCCAGGAAAAACAGUUAAGAGUGGUUGUUGGGAGGGUUAUUUGGACCCUUGGAAGGUAGCAAUUUUAAGAGUAUUUUUAAGCUUUUGCCUUGAUCACCUGCAUUAAGCUAUUAUAAAUGGCAAUGAAAUACAAGAACCUUGAUUCCAGGA